ACCCCGCGCCUGACGUUGACAUUAAAGCUAGCAUAGUUGUCAAUAAACUUAUUUUUCACUCGACAAAGCCCUCCUAAAUGUCCAGGAACCAGGCCUGUAACUUAUCAGCAUGUAAAACCUGUAAUUCCACGGUCUACAUUCCUCAUUUAGAGCUGCUUAUACAACAGCUAACUGUGAUAAAUAGUCUAUGAUUCAUCUGUACGGUACCGGGAUUAUCAGACGAGCAUCGACUCUCUGCAGCUCCUGGAGGUUGUUGUCAGCUGACCGUCGUUGGUUCCAGUCUGUGAGACGAAACACUUUGUCUUUCUCACACUCAGCUACAGGGUCCAGGAUGAGUAAGAAGCUGCUGGUGGACGUGGACUGUGGCGUGGACGAUGCUCAGGCCAUCAUGUUGGCGCUGGCCGCCCCCAACGUCCAGCUCCUGGGCAUCACCUGUGUGCACGGAAACACCACGGUGGAAAACGUGUGCAAGAACACCCUGCGAGUUCUGCAAGCUUGCAACAAACUGGAGGUGAUUCCAGUGUUUAAAGGUGCUGCUAAGCCAAUCCUUGGGAACACUAUCAAUGCGGGUGGAUUCCAUGGACAUGACGGCCUGGGAGACGCUCCCGACUCCAACGCUCCGGAUCUGGACCUGGUUCAGAAGGAGGGUGCUGUGUCAGCUAUGAUCAGGAUAGUUAAUGAGAACCCAGGAGAGGUAUCUCUGGUUGCCACGGCGCCCCUCACCAACUUGGCUCUGGCUGUGAGGUUGGAUCCAUCCCUGCCAAGCAAACUCCGAGGGCUCUACAUCAUGGGAGGCAACACUGAAUCUCGAGGAAACACAACGGUAUGCGGAGAGUUCAACUUUGCUGCUGACCCAGAAGCUGCAUACGUUGUGCUGAACGACUACCACUGUCCCACAUACCUGGCCUGCUGGGAGUUUACCUGCUACAGCAAGCUGUCAUGGGAAUUCUGCGACGCCUGGUUGGCACAGGACACCGACAAAGCUCGCUUCAUGGCGCGGAUCUUCCGCCACAGCAUCGAGGCGUCACAGACCGAACACUACGAAAAGGAGUUUGUCACCGGAUCUGGAUUAAUUUCCUGCGAUUCGUACGCCAUGGCGGCAGCUGUGGACGAUUCAUUCAUCCUAGAAAGCGACCGAUACCCGGUUAGCGUGGAGCUGACAGGCACACACACCAGAGGCAUGAUGGUAGUGGACACUGUGGGUUUCAUGAAGAAGACUCACAAAGCUUUCAUCAUGAAGAAGGUGGAUCUGAAGAAGUUUGAGGAGAUGAUGAUGGCUGCUUUGAAAUGACCGAUCUGAAUGAGGGACUCUUCCUGUUCCUGUCCGCACAUUUUGGCUCAGUUUGAAGAAAAAACUGGUGAUCUCAGAACUCAGUAUUUGUAGUGAUAAACUGACAUUCUGUUUUCCUCAGUGGAAUGAUGAAAUAAUCAUAAAAUUAAAUUUUAAAGAAUA